AGAGAGAGAGAGAGAGAGAGAGAGAGAGAGAGAGAGAGAUACAGAGGAACACAGGCAAGCUGAAACCUUUAUAGGGUUGUAGGCUGUCUAUGUCUAGAAGGAUUUAAACAAACUAAAGUAACACAGGGGGAUGUCAAUUGUUUCUUUUGGUUCAUUAGCUUCCUGUUCGUGAGAAGUGGAAAGAAGAAUUUGAUAAUCCUCUCUUCCUCUUUUUGAAAUAGUGUAUUUAUUCACAGCUGUGCAAUAUCAAUCCUCACGUCUCCUGCAGUCACAGAGCAUAAGGACACAAGACGAAGCUUUCUCAUCCCUCUUAAGAUCCACCAAAGAUCAGAAAAAUGAACACCAGCCUGUCAAACACUUCCAUCAAGUGUGAUCGGGACACCAGUGUGACGGCUGUUGUCUUCCCCUGCCUGUACAGCGUCCUCUUUGUAGUCGCCCUGAUACUGAACUCUCUGGCUGCAUGGAUCUUCUUCAAUCCCAGCACCUCAACAUUUGUGGUCUUUCUAAAAAAUGUGGUGGUGGCUGAUUUCCUGAUGACCCUGACCAUCCCUCUGAGAGUCUUGAGUGAUGCAGGCGUGGGCUCCUGGAGACUACGUGCCUUCCACUGCCGGUACUCUGCCGUCCUCUUCUACAUCACUAUGUACAUCAGCAUCCUCCUGCUGGGCCUCAUCAGUCUGGACCGCUACCUGAAGAUAGUCAAGCCCUUUGGGAAGAGUGCUCUGCAGCGGGUCCGUGUUGGUCAAGUGCUGAGCGCCGUUAUCUGGGUGGUGAUGCUUUCUCUGGCGCUGCCCAAUGUCAUCCUAAGCGACCAGCCGGCCCGGGUGACUAGGGGCAGAUUGAAGUGCACCUCCAUGAAGAGCAUAGCCGGCCUGCUGUGGCACGAGGGAUUCAACUACUUCUGUCAGGUUGUUUUCUGGGGCACGCUGGCCUUGAUGGUGGUUUGCUACACAUUUAUAAGCAAGAAGGUUUACGAGUCCUACAAAGCCUCUAAGAGCAAAUCUCAAGCAACAAGCCGCAGAACCAAGGCAAAGGUGUUUGUAGUGGUGGGGGUGUUUUUCAUCUGCUUUGCCCCAUUUCACUUUGCACGCGUGCCCUACACUCUGACCCAGACGGGUAGCAUGGCAAGUCACUGCCGGGCGCAGAACGCACUCUACAUCGCCAAGGAAACCACUCUGUGGCUGUCAGCCACUAAUGUGUGCCUGGACCCGCUCAUCUAUGUGUUUCUGUGUAGGGUUUUCAGGAAAAAACUGACAGCCGCACUGUGUCACAAGCCGCUCCACAAAGCUACCAUGGAGUCUCCGACACUGACGUCAACCCAGCUGGAGAUGUCACACAUAGCCCAAAGUAAUGAUUAAUUACUGUAACUGUGUAGGCGGCAGGAGGCCAAAAGAAGGAGUAUUACUUGGAUAAAUAUAUAUUUUUUAAAGGCAAA